GCCAUGACAAAACUAGCCACAAUCUUUAUUUUUCUUUUCUCUUUUGCAACUUUGUGCCAUUCUUUUCCUCUAUCAACAAGCUCUAGAUGGAUAGUAGAUGAAGAAACUGGCCAAAGAGUAAAAUUAGUUUGUGGAAAUUGGGCUGCCCAUUUACAAACUAUGUUACCAGAAGGCUUAGAUCAGCAGCCCGUUAGUCAAAUUGCUAGGCACAUAUCAUUAAUGGGCUUUAAUUGUGUCCGUUUAACAUGGGCUACUUAUAUGUUUACUCGCCAUUCAAAUCUGACUGUGGCCCAAUCUUUUAUUAAUAAUGGGCUUAAUAAUGCUAUGUCUGGAUUGGGCCAGAAUAAUCCACAACUUUUGGGCCUAACUGUUGUUGAGGCCCAAAAGGCUGUGAUUGAGGAAUUGGGCCGACAUGGUGUGAUGUCUGUGCUUGAUAAUCAAGUUGGUGAGCCCAUGUGGUGUUGUGGGAGUAAUGAUGGAAAUGGUUUUUGGGGAGAUAAGUAUUUUGAACCUAAAGAAUGGUUAAAAGGAUUGGAUAUUGUUGCUAAUCGAUACAAGGAUACACCAAUGGUUAUCGGCAUUAGUCUACGUAACGAGCUACGUGGUCCUCUUCAAAACCAAAGUGUAUGGUACGAGUAUGUUGAGAAGGGUGCAAAAACAAUUCAUAGGGCUAACCCUAAUCUUCUAUUAAUCAUAUCAGGAUUAGAUUAUGAUCUUGAUUUUACCUUCUUAAAGGAAAAACCCUUGAACUUAAACAUGAGAAAUAAGAUUGUAUUCGAGACUCAUAGGUAUUCAUUUACUGAGGGACAAGCAAAUUGGUUUUUAACUCAGCCAUUAAACAAAGUUUGUGAUACUAUUAAAGAAGAAAUUAUGAAUAAAUCAGGGUUUUUGAUUAAGGGAAAAAAUGCAGCUCCUUUAUUUGUUAGUGAAUUUGGUAUUGACCAAAGGGGAACGAACCAGGCCGACAAUUUGUUCUUGGGCUGUUUUCUUUCACUUUUAGCAGAAUUGGAUUUGGAUUGGGCCGUUUGGGCUUUGCAAGGUAAUUAUUAUACAAGAGAAGGUCAACCAGGAAUGGAGGAAAUGUAUGGGAUGUUUAAUUCUACAUGGAAUUCUCUUAGAAGUCCUGAAUAUCAUGCAAAAUUACAACUUAUUCAACAAAAACUCCAAGAUCCAAAAUCAAAACAACCAAUGUACCACUUAUUAUUCCAUCCACAAAGUGGCAAAUGCUUGCAUGCUGCAGCCAACAAUGUAUUAUAUGCAAGUGAUUGCAUCGGAGCAAGCCGGUGGAGCUACGACGGCGACGACACGCCGAUCCGAUUGACCGGAACUUCUCUCUGUCUCACAACAUCAAGAGAAGGUUUGCCUGUAACUCUUUCAACAGAUUGCAGUGAACAAAGUACAUGGAAAUUUGUUUCAAAUUAUCAACUUUCAAAUCAUGAUGAAAAUGGCACUGAGUUGUGUUUGGAUUUUGAUACCUAUUAUUCUUCCUCUAAAGUUUUGGUUAGAAAAUGCAUUGGCUUAGAUGAGAAGAGCAAUGACAAUCCUCAAACUCAAUGGUUCCAGUUUGUCUCAGCCAAUGUUUAGUAGAGUUCUUAGUUAUUUCAAUGUUUAGCGAUUAUUUUUGGUAUA